CCUCCCCCUGUCUGCCUGGCCUCUCGUGUUCUUUGUCCUCGCCAUCCGAUCCCACGCCCUGUGAUGGACCCCGCCAGCCAGCCGCCGGCCUCCGGGUCCGGCCGGCCGAGCAUAUCCAUCUCGCUGUCCCUGUCGGGAGUAGGUGCCGGCGGCGCAGGUCCCCCGGCCGGGGGCGUCACCGCUGCCGCCUCGCCUGCCCUGCCGAAACUGUCGCUAAAGGCCCUGACCGGCGGAGGCGCCGGCAGCACCGGGCCCUCGAUAUCUCUCCAAACGGGCGCCGGCGGUGACCGCAUCACCGCCCCGACGGCGCCGGUGACCGCCCCGCGAACAUCCUCCACCGGGCACACCGGCAAGAAGACCUCCUCCAAGAAGAAGUCCGCCUCCAAAGCCUCGAAGCUGGUCCUGCGCACCGGGACACCAGACGAGGCAGCGGCGGCGGCGGCAGCGGCGGCGGCAGCGGCGGCGGCGGCGGCGGCGGCAGCAGUCACCACCCCGGGCACACCGCUGGUCCCCACCUCGCCGGGGCUCCUCCCGAACAAUCCCAUGGUCCUGGGCUUGCCCGGGGCCGCCGGGAGUCCGACCCCCGGCGGCAGUGGCGGCAGCAGUGGCAAGCGCGAUCGCAAGGAAAAGGACAAACGCAAGCGCGAUCGGGCUGCCUCGGCCAGCGGCGGCACCAGCGCCCCGGGGACCGGCACCGGUGGUGGGACGGAUCGCGAGCGCCGCCGCAAGGAGAAAAAAGACAAGCGUCGGACCACCGAAGAUGACAGCGUGCAUUUGGAGUCGCAUUUCCUUCUCCGGCUGCCGGAGGACCUGGCCGGGCCCCUGCGCGAGUCCCUCAGCCGCCACGAACUCAACGGCUAUGGCAUCCAGUUCCAGGAUGGCAAGGGGGGCCGUCGGUUUGCCACCAUCCAGACCCCCACGCGCAAUGUGUCCGCCCGGCUGGUGGACUUGCCGUGCAUCAUCGAGUCGCACCGGUCCCUGGACCAGCGGCAGUUCUACAAGGUCGGCGACAUUUCCCAGAUGCUGGUGGCCGAGGAGCUGGACGAGCCGCUGCGCGCCUACCGGGUGGCCCUCGGCAUGGAUCCCAUCCUGGACCCGGGCCUGCUGGCCGUGCAGCCUGACGAUCCGGCUGCCGGUGCGGCCGGCGCGGCCGACCCCGCCGGGACCGGCACCGAGGGCAAGCCCUCGCGCAAGGUGGCCAAGCCGAGCAAGCGCCAGCUGGCCGUGCGCGCCCCGCCCGAUGACACGGUCAUCGACUCGUUUUUGUGGCCACACGGCCUGGCGCCGCCGCUGCGCUACAUCCGCGAGCGCCGGCUCUCGGACUUCCCACCACGGGAAAUCACCGACGUUGAUGCCGAGGUCCAGCGCCUGCUGGCCCUCGACGAUGAGAGUGUCUACCGAACCGUCUCCUUCGCCCAGGAUGCGGACGCCCCACAGGAGGACGAGGUCCUGCUGACCGAGCGGGACUUCAACCAAUACAAGCGCCAGCAUCCAGCCCUGCCGGUGGCCCAGCUGGAAGUUCCCCCGCCGGCGCCUCCGCGCAAGCAAAUCCGCCUCAGCAUCCCCUAUCAGGUGGACCCGCCGCCGAAGCCGAAGGCCGGGCCGGCCGGGUCUCCGGUCCGCCGCGAGGAGACCCCCACCCCGGAGGGAGCCCCGCUGGGGAUGGCGACCGUGGCCGACGCCCUGGACCAGCCCCUGGGGGUGGAGUCGCCCCCCUUGCCUCUGCCCGGGGCCGGGGCCUUUGCCACGCCCAUGCGGCCGUCCUCGACACUGGCCAGGUCGCCCUCGGUGCCGGUCCUCACGCCGCUGGGCCCCGACGGGUCGGAGCCCAGCCUCUCGAUCGCCGGGCCGGACGACACGCUGCCCUCGCUGGAGUCCUUGCCGGUGGGCACUCGGGCAUUGCCCAGCGUCGGGGUGCCGGGCCUGGGGCCGGCCGCGGCGGUCGCCAGCCCGGAUAUCCUCACAGCCCCGGCGGAUCUUGCGGCCGGGGCCUUCCCGGCUUCCCCGCUGCCGGACAUGCCGGCCACCGAUGCCCUGCAGGUCCCCAUGGAUCUGGCCUUGCCGGUGGGGGAUCUGCCGGAGGCGGCGGCCUCGCCGUUGGCGGCCGGGGCCACAGCCGGCAUCGUGGCCAUCCCCGGCACCGGCAAGAGUGCCCCCGGUGGGGGCCCGGACAGCCCGGCAGCCGUGGCGGCCAGCUCGUUCUCCAUUUCCACGCCGGCUGGCGGUGCCGAGGCCGAUGGGCGCGCUUCGCCCGGCCCGGCGGCCACGGCCUCCCCCCUUCAGACGCCCUCCAUCACCGUGGCGGUGGUCACGUCGCAGCACACCCCCGGGCCUGGCACCCCGGCCGAUGGGCACAGCCCCAGUCCCCUGGCCGGGGCCGGGGCCGUGGAGGGCGAUCUGCCGGCGGCGCCUCCCUCGUCGGACUUCUCCGACUCGGAUUCCGACACCGGCGGCCUGCCCAGCCCGGCCCUGGUGGAGUCCGAAUCAUCCAAGCUGGAGAAGGCCCGCAUGCAGCUCAUCGCCGAGCUCAUGCCCAUCCGCGAGAUGCUGGCCAACCUCAACACCGAGUACAAUGCCAAGUAUCAGCUGGCGUCGCGUCAGCGGAAUCCCGUCAUGCGCCAGCGCUUCCUGGAGGAUCUGGCCGCGCUGGAUGCCCGGCGACACGAGUUCAACAACGAGCACAAGCGCAUCACCGACACCAUCGCCAGCAUCGAUGUUCAGCUCACCGCGUUGGCCGGCAAAUAG